GGCGUGCAUGCAGUCUGGUGAUGGGGAAGCCAAUGGUUGGGAGGUAGUUUUGUUUGCCGAGUCCUUUGACCGUUCUACUGCAAGAACUAGUCUACAACGAAUCUCAGAAUGGAAGGAACUUCAGAUUUUUCAGAGGAAGACGCUCUCCCCACACGCUCCGGCGAAUCACCGACUCACACAGGCAUCGGCAGCAGCCCGUCCGCCGACACAUUCUCCCCCAAUCUACCAGAAGCACGAACAGCAGUCUCCUCCCGCGUUGCUCGCGGUGAAAGUGUCACAAGCCCCUGUGAGGAGGACGAGGAGGAAGAGGAGGACAACGACGAUGACGUUGAUGAGAAUGAAACCAGCAGUACCUCACUGUCCGAGACGUCCGGGCGAAAACUAAUGGGACGCAAGAAAUCCUCACUGCGUUUCAUCACGCAACGCAAGAAGCGAAACGCAACCUUUCGGAAACGCAAACGCGGGCUUAUGAAGAAGGGCUUUGAGCUCAGUAAACUCACCAGUGCCGAAGUACUUGUCAUGGUGGCCUGGGACGACGGUGUGUUCUCCUACGGUACCAAGAAACUACGUCGCCUACUGACAGCGCCGCUCGGCAAAGAAAUGGUCAGAUGCUGCCUAAACGCACCACUGCCAGAAACAGCCGAAACCACAGACACCGACGAAGACGUUUGGACGGGCGAAUGCAUCGAGAAGAUCGUCCUCUCUCCAGACAUGCAGAACAACAGGAACGGACCAACACCGCCUCUAUCGACUUUGACGGCAUCUUCGCAGGCAACCGACCCCGUGUUCCGACAUCCACCAUCCGGAGCACUGCGCGACGCCAUGGCCGCAGCGGGGAAAACCCCACCCGCGCAUCCAGCCCUGUAUGGGGCAAGCCCGCACAUGUUUCGCCCGGACCUGGCCUCGCGCGCCGACCUGUACCGUGCCGCGCAGCUACAGGGCAAUCCAAACGUGAACAUGGCCAGCUCCAUGCCACCGACGACAAGACCUGACGCCCGGAACACGUUCUCGCCGUGCCACGCCAUUCCACAAGCGCCGUCCCCUCAGAUCCCGGUCAUGAAACAGGAACAGGGUGUGGCGCCACUGGCACCAAAGCAGAGCAUGCAGCAGCCAGGCCUGAGCCCGUUUGUGCCGGAAUUCCAAGCGCCGCUCAACAUGAGCCCGGGCGCCAGCAAGGACCUCAUGGCACACCAGAUUAACCAGUAUCUGGCCGCCGAGGGUCGCGCAGGCUACCUCCGCUCGAUGCAGCAGGCGCCGGACCUCGGCCUCAUGUCUGACCUGCCCGGCUUUGCCGGCGCCGCGAGUGUGGUUGCCCCCGGCAACGGCCACGGCAGCAUUGCCAGCAGGGGCAGCAGUAGCAGCUGCAGCAGCACAGGUAGUGUUGUGGCCUCGGCCGACCUGACGCAAAGUGCCUUUCUGAGCAUGCAGUCGCGCUCUGGAGUAGUCAGUGGUGCAUGCCCAGAUGACUUCUAUCAGCGCGCGGAUGCGAUUCCGCCGCUGCCCAAUUGGUAUAAUUCCUGUGAUCCCGGCAAUUGGAAUCCUUCGCCAACCUUUCUGUAAAGUAUCUUUCCUUUAGAUCUGACAGUCAACUCUGAUUACCAGGCAGCUCCUGGAACAGAUACAACCCUCCACUUUUGUUUUUCACCACACUGUCUCUUUUUCUCUUUAUUUCUCUUUUCUCUUUCUCUCUCUCUCUUCCCUCACCACUCACUCACUCACUCGCUCUCUAGUGCCUAUCUUUCUUCUUCCUUUCACUCUCUUUCUUUUCUCAAGCCACAAUGUGUCAUUACCACCUGAUCAGCAUUCAUUACUCCACACUCCACACUCCAUAUUUGGAGCAAUCAUCCAUACCACCACUGCAUGCAUAUUUCUCUCUUUAUUCUCUCCCUCCCUUUCCCUCUCUCUCACUCACUCUCUCUCUCUCUCUCUAUCUCUCUCCCUCUCUCUCUCUCUCUCUCUCUCUCUCUCUCUCUCUCUCUCUCUCUCUCUCUCUCUCUCUCUCGCUCUUGAUCUCGCUCUCUCUCUUUCUCUUUCUCUCUCUGUAUUCUCUCUUUAUUCUCUCUUCGUUCUCUCUCUAUUCUCUAUUUAUCCAUCUAUCGGAUUUCAUCGCUCUCCUCUCCUCUCACUCUCACUUUCUCUAACCUUCUAUCUGUCUCCUUAUUCUUUCUCUCUAUCCAUCUAUCUAUCUAUCUAUCUAUCGGAUUUUACCUCUCUUCUCUUUCUUUCUCUCUUUCCUUCUCUCUCUCUCUCUCUCUCUCUCUCUCUCUCUCUCUCUCUCUCUCUCUCUCUCUCUCUCUCUCUCUCUCUCUCUCUCUCUCUCUCUCUCUCUCUCUCUCUCUCUCCUUCUCUCUCUCUCUCUCUCUCUCUCUCUCUCUCUCUCUCUCUCUCUCUCUCUCUCUCUCUCUCUCUCUCUCUCUCUCUCUCUCACUUUCUCUCUUUCUGUCUCUCCCCCCCCCCCCCCCCCACCCCGCACAGACAUUCUUUUUUCAAUACCACCAGAUCUGCAUAUGUGCCUCCACGCCCCAGACUAGGAACAAUUACGGGUAGUAUUCAUACCCUGUCCCGCAUGAUCUCUCUACAAACACGCCGCACGUGCAUACAACGUGUGCAUAGAAUUUCUGAGGCUUUUAGAUUUCCUCUUCUCAACCAACUAUUUCGGUUGUUUUACCACCUCUCUUACUUGUGCUUCUAAUUAGCUGAGUUUUCAUACAGUAUUAUUGCCAUUCUUUUAGGUAAUACAUCGAAUCAUCACUUCUA